UCCACCAUGGCCAGCACCACCACCAUCGUCGUAGAUGAGAGCGGCAAUUACGGAUUCGAGAGAAGUGACAUGUACGAAAGCAAACUCGCCGGAAGUGUUGAACAGUACGAACGACACCUGUUCCUAUGCUACAAGUCGCAUGAGUUGUGGCCUACACGAGUCGAGGAAUCUGAUGCCGAUCCUCUCCCUAAGCUUCUCGCCUCUGCCCUUAAAGCUCGUAAAAACGACAUUAAACUCAAGACUCGUUUGACUAUAUGCGAGGCAGGCGACAAGGGGAAGUUGUCAGAUGGAGACGUACUGAUUUUUCCAGAAAUGAUUGUAUACAGGGGCUUGAUAGAGUCCGAAGGUGAUAGGUUUGUUGAAGAUGUGCUUGUAAAUGAAAAGGUUGACCUGUCUGGAAAGAUCGAAAAAUUGAGUGGCUCAUACGUGUUCGUUUGUUGUCAUAACAAUCGAGACCGACGAUGUGGGGUUUGUGGCCCGAUUUUGAUUGAGAAGUUUAAGGAAGAGAUUGGAUCCAAAGAUUUGACGAAGCAUGUAUUUGUGACUUCUUGCUCACAUGUAGGAGGACACAAGUAUGCAGGCAAUGUGAUCAUCUUUAGUGCAACUCCUCAAGGAAAAAUUAGUGGUAACUGGUACGGGUAUGUUACACCCGGCGACAUUCAUGAAUUGAUUGAUAAACAAAUUGGGCAAGGAGAAGCCGUUGACCGGAUUUGGAGAGGCCAAAUGGGUGCUAAUAUCAAAGGAGUUGAGGAACCGAAUCAUACUAAUGGAACAAAUGUGAAGAGCAACGAGAAACAACCUGAAAAGAUUGUUGCUGCUUCGGCAAGUACUGGAGGGUGUUGCAGAGGUGCCGAUGGAUUUUCAUGCUGCAAAGACGAAAAUGUUGAGAAUAAACCAGUUAAAAAAGGACUCUUGUCGUGGAUAGGAAAAUAG